AUGGCCAUCACUACACAAGCAUAUCCGUGCAAGAGAAGGGGUGCGAUAGCAAAGAAGAAGAAGAAGAAGACGACGAUCUCUGCCACCAUGAGUCGAAAGGUGGCCCCGGCGCAUCCCCCAGGGGUGUCGACCACCAAGAGUGCUAACGCGGCCCCGGCGCAGCCCUCAGGGGUGGCGACUACCAAGAGUGCUAACGCGGUCCCGGCGCAGCCCUCGGGGUUGGUGACCCCCGAGAGUGCAUACGAGGCCCCGCCGCAGCGUUCGGGGGUGUUGACCCCCGAAAGCGCCUACGCUACUCCGCCUUCAGAACCUUUCACUGACGCUGAAGGUGUCCCGCAGAAACCUGCCGCACAGAAGCCUGCCGCAGCCCUGUCGCCACCCUAUGACGAGGUGCAUCCGAGCGUCCCGGCCGGUUCCGCCAGAGGUUCAACCAGUCCAACGGCACCACCAGCCGCCGGCGUUAAGGCGCAUCCCAGCGUCCGGCCCCGUGACCCGCCGGCACCGCUAGCCGUUCCUCGCCCAAGCGUGCCUGCCCAAGCCCCUGCCAAGCCGAGCCCGCGUCGAAACGAGUUGCGUGCUCCAGCGCCAGUUCUUUCACCCCCGCAACAUCCCGCAGAGGAGCCCGUCGAAGUCCAAGGCGACCAGCUUGCCCCCGAGGGCAUUUCGGCGGCAGAAGCCGCCAGCACCGUCGUGAACGAGCGAUCUAUGGAUGUCACGCCACACACUCACAAAGGCUGGCGACCGUUCGUGUACCUCUAUUUCUGCGUGUUGUUCGUCAUCCUCGCGGCCCUGACGGCCUACUUAGCCCUUGCUGUAAGGCAGGGCUCGGAGGUGACGGAGCAUAACGCCGUCUUUCCAAGCAACGAGACGUCGCAGCUGUUCCCGAACUUAACCGGCGGUGUACUCCAGCGCGCCGCAGAAGGCUCGACGAUGACGACUGAGCCGGAAUGGGCAGCUGUCCAGGUGCUCGCCGAAGAGGAAGUUAGCACGAGGCUCGACGAGGACGAAGAAAACGGCGAUUCGUCGACGCGAAGCCAUGUGCUGAACGCGACAACGACAAGAACAGCAACUACAACGACGACUAAGCGAAGAGGAUCAAGAGGCCACGGCCGCUUCAGGGGAAAGUUGGUCCGACGCCGAAGGCGUCGAAAAAUAGUUGAUCAGCAUCGCACGAACGCCGCCACGUCUCCCCGAGACUCGCAGCACAACCGGGACACCCCUUUGAGUGUAGAAUAA